AAACCUAGCCGAGCAUUCCGUUGCACAGUUUAGCAGGGCGCUACUAACAAACAAUAUCUACCGAUUAUAUCACUGGGUUACUCACAGAGGUCUGCUGUCAUAUUUGAAAAUUAACCAUGCAAAAUUCACCUGCAAAGAAGAAAAAGAAUAAAAAAGGUCACAAAAAGAAGAAUGUCAAAGAAGAAAAAGAUGCUUUGCAAGAAGUGGAUCGGACCAUGUACAAUAUACAAAUAGCUGAUCUCACUGAAAAACUCGCCAGAGUAACCAAUAGGUGUGCUGAGUUGGAGAGGAAUAAUGAUUUGGAAAGAGAAAAAGCUAAUUCAUUGAAAGAAGGUCAAUGUGACAUCAUAGCAUAUUUGUCGAGACAAGUUGAAAUGAAAAACAACGAGAUUAUUGAUUUGGAAAACACUGUUUCAACAUUAAAAACGACUAUUGAACACCAAAAAAUAAACUAUGAAGACAUUAUAAUGAAAAAAAAUGGACAAUUUGAAACAGUUUUUGGACAAUUGAAAGCAGAAAUUGGAUUGUUAAAUAGCAAAGUAAAUUCGUUGAAUGAGUUUAAAAAACAAAGAACUCAAUUAACUGAUAAGUUUUUAAAACAAGAGGAAGAGUUAUCAAAACUAAAAGGAGAAAACGAUAAUUUACUUUAUGAAACUGAGAAAAAACUUAUUAUAGCCAAAGAACAUAUGAAAUGUCAAAAUGAAGCUAAACUUUUGCAACUAUCUACAACGAUUCAGAAUAACCUACAAAAGUUAAUGUCUUCAACUUUUCAAAGAACUUUACAAGAAAAUGUUGUUAUUAAAACCGAAUUAAAUAAAUGUUCAGAUAGUUGGUUUAAAAUGGAUAAAAAAUAUACGUUACUGAAAUCAGACAACUUAGAUUUGAAAAUCGAGAACAAAAUGUAUAUGAAAGAGAAUAGCCGUCUAAAUAAAAUAAUCAUAGCCCAAAAACAGAUAAUGGAUGCAAUAAAAGCUAAAAAAAUAGGUCUUAGCUUACAAAUAAAAGAUUUAUCUACGAAAAAUGAGAGAAACCAGCGUAUUGCGUACAAAGCCAGCAGAGUAAAUACGAUGGUGACACAACUGAAACAUACGUUAAAAAAGAAAAACAAAAAGUUACGGAUCUUGACAAACAAUUUAGUAGCGAUGAAAGCCGAAAUAGAAACAUUGUGUUUGCACAUAUACAAAAUGGAUUCGAUGCUAGUGACGACGACAAAGUCCAUGGAAAACGUUUUGAAACUGAACGAAGUUGACCAGUCGUUGAGCAAAUACAAGGGUAAUGUUUAUUACACAUUUGUAGUCAAUUUGUACAAGCUUUUCGUUGCUACAAAGUUAAGAAAAGUAGAAAUCAGAGGAUUUGAUUCAAUUAAAGGAGUGAAAGUUACACUCUUGAACAUAAAAAAAAAACAAAGAUCUAAAUGUUCAAUUUUCAAAUUUCAGAGGAAUCAAUUAAAAAUGAAACAUUCAAAACUAUAAAAAUAAAUAAUCUGAAAUACAUAAAAUUUAGUAAGUAAUUUUGCUAACCACAAUAAUCAGUAUACAUGUUAAUAAUGAGUGGCGAUAAAAUAGAUCUAUAAUAAUUUACAAUAAACCUUGACGUAUAAAGGUACCAUGAACUUUAUAACUAGGACAAUCUUAUAACUCACUUGGUCAUAUUUAUUAAUUUAUGUACAUUUAAUUUGAUAAAAUAAAAUUAACAACAUAAUAUAAGUUAAUAUAAUGAAAAUAUUGUUAAUCUAAAUAAAUUAUAAUGGUACUAUACUCAAUUAUCGAGAACCCACCAUACAACUGUUAAUAUAAUAUAAUUAUUUACUCUCAGUUAAAAUCAAAGUUUAAAACUAUAAAAUUUUAAUUUGUAUUUCAGCGUAAAAUCAAUUUAUUUGUACAAGAAGUUUCCGGUCAUACUUAGUAUUUUACUACAAAUAUGUAUUUACAAUUGUUAAAAUAUUGAAUAACAAUAUCUGCAAGAAUCACAGUCUGAGUUGAUAACUUGAUUUAAUUUAAAACC